UCUUCUCUUUUUAUUAAGUAUUUCUAGGGUUUAAAUCUUUUCUAUCAACCUUCCAAAUUCUAACAAAAUUUCUUUAUUUUUACAAACCUUGUUGAUUUUUCAAUUCUUCCACUAACUUACUACGAUAUUGGUGUAAUUUUUGCUAAUUUUUGUUUAAGAAUCCUAACUAUCUGAAAUAAAAAUUAAAAUCUGGGUCAGAACUUUAGUUAACUGGGGAAUUUAUGAGAUUAAAAAUGAUCCCAUAUAAGAUGAAGGUUUUUAAUUUCUUUGCUGGGGAACUUAAGCAUUAAACCAAAAUUUUCAGUUCUUUAUGUUUCCUAUUCAUGUUCAUCCACUGCUCAACAACUUUGUUAUCUCAAGAAGCUGCAUGAUUCUGGUAUAAGAAUAUCAGAAGGAACUCUAUCAUGUACUAUAACCUUCCAGAAAAUCUUGAUGUAUUAACUGUAAACUAGUAAUUGCAGUUGGAAGUUUUUGUUUACCAAAGGGUAGGAGGCAGAUGCACAUCAUUUUGUGCUAGGAGUGAGUGAAGUUGGGAACUGCUACUUUUUCUCUAAUGUAGCAAUACUUGAAGUUAUUGCAGACUUUUAUCCGAGGUUUAUGAUUGUUGGUUGGAUAUUUGUCUGCAAUUGCUCAUAGUCAUAGCAAUGAUGUGUAGGUAUAGUAAGUUCUUGAAAUUAUGUUUUCUGUUGGUGGUAGUAGUUAAGACUUUAAAGAGUAAAGAUUGUUAAGAAAGGAAAAAGUGGAUACUGGAAAUGGUUCCUUUACUGUUAUUUGUAUUUGGUUGGAAAUCAAGAAGAUGUUUCAACUGUCUGUCCUUCAAUAAGAUUGUUUGCUCAAUUGGCUAUUUGUUUUCUUCACUUCUUACAGAUAUUAGACCUCAUUAGCUUUGAUAAAAUAAAAAAAUAAAAAAAAGACCUCAUUAGCUACUGUAAUUUUAAGUUGAGAGAACAGGAAUUUUUCUGGGGAUCCCUUCAAUUUCACAUGCUUUUAGGUGAGUUUUAGUAUGUGUAGUUAGAGAACUUAAUUACUCAAUUCUUCUUUGAUUCAUUUCUUUUUCCAUUCUUUUCCAAAGCCAGUGACCUCACAACUGCCCUGCAGUUCUUCUUAUAUUGGUAGCAAAAUAUUUUGCAAAAUUGGUAUUGCUUAUCAUCUUACCUUCUUUGAUUUCUUUCUCCUAUCUCCUAACAGUAUUUACUUUUAAAGAAAAAUCUGCACUUUAAAAGUUUUUAUUGGCAGUGGAGCAUGAAAAGAUUCUGCAAUUUUGAGUAUGAUCCAAUGCAAUAGUUUAUUUUAAAAGUAAGAAGUUAAUUUGUUACCAACAAAUGCCUGCUGCUGCAAGUGGCAUGAUAAUGUUCUUUUUGGAGUAGUACUUUUAUUUCUUCUUGUUAAUUUAAUCUUCGGUUUUGUAUUAAUCAUCAACAUAAUCCAUGCGUGGUGCAGAUUCAAAGAAGUUAACUUUGAUCCUUGCACUGUUGGACCCGACUUGAAGAAGAGCAAUGCCUAAGCGUCUACAUAUUAUCUGUCACUGCCAAGUUUUCCUUCUCCACAGCUUGCUUAGAAUAUUUUAGCAUUCAGUUAAAUUGGGAAUUAGGGGCCAAUAACAUUGGAGUUCCGAGCUUUCCUUCAUGUUCAAUUGGCAUAUGAUUCACCAAUAAAAUGUGAAAUUGGCAUUCCGGAUAUUCUUUGAAAAUGGAAAUCAAGGAAGCAGAAAGGGUAGUUAUAGCCAAACCAGUAGCUUCCAGGCCUACUUGCUCCAAUUUUAGGACUUUCUCAGAACUCCUUGCAGGUGCCAUUAGUGUUUCACCCCCUAAUGUAUGUUCAGAAACCACAGUUGCUGCUAUUAGACCAAAGACAGUGAGGUUCAAGCCAAUGGUGAAUCGUGCUCCAGCUGCAUCGAUUUCUUCCCAGGCUGAUCUCUCUGGAACUGCACUUUGCAAUUCAUAUGAUAAAGUUUCAAAAUCAGACAGUAAACCUACUGUGAUAUAUAAACCGCAGGCCAAACUUGUUUCAAAGACAACCGUUUCUCUUUUGGCGAAUAUGGGAAAUUUUGUUGCUGGUCAUCAACAACAAACGCUACCAUUGCUUGAGGCUCGAGUUCAACAUACAAACCAAGAAAACCACAAUUUUACAACCCAGAUUACAUCAAAUUUUCACCAUAAUAUUCCAUCUCAUGCACAAACAGAUCAGUCAACUGAACCCUCAAGGUUAACAUCUCAGAACCAAGAGGAGGAUCUGAAAACCUUAUCUGCUGCAUCUAAUAGGGAUCGACCUUCAUAUGAUGGUUAUAAUUGGAGAAAAUAUGGGCAAAAGCAAGUAAAGGGAAGUGAGUAUCCGCGAAGUUACUACAAGUGCACGCAUCCAAAUUGUCCAGUGAAAAAGAAGGUCGAAAGAUCUUUAGAUGGACAGAUUGCAGAAAUUGUCUACAAGGGUGAACACAACCAUUCAAAGCCUCAGCCUCCUAAACGCAACUCAUCAGGGAUGGAAGGGCUAGGAAUUGUAUCCGAUGGCAAUGGUCAAGGCAUAAGUACCCCAUUAUGGAAUAAUCAUCUCAAUGAAAGAAAUGAAGGUUCUAAAUGUAGAGGUGAAGAUCAGAAUGAAAAAGGAUUGCCUCUUCAUUCGACUUAUCAGGCUAAAGCUCCAUCAUCCCAUGAUCCUGCUGGAACUGGAUCAAUUAAUGCUGGUGUUGCAACUCCUGAUAACUCUUGUGGGCUUAGUGGGGAAUGUGAGGAAGGAAGUAGGGGAUUGGAGGGAGAUGGUGAUGAACCUAAAAUUAAAAGGAGGAAAAAUGAUAAUCAAUCAAAUGAAGCAGGCAUAUCAGGGGAUGGUGUACAAGCACAAGAGUCCUGCCUAGUGGUACAAAGUUCUACUGAAACUGAGAUAGUGGGUGAUGGUUUCCGCUGGAGAAAAUAUGGGCAGAAAGUUGUGAAGGGAAAUCCAUAUCCCAGAAGUUACUAUCGUUGCACAGGUCUAAAAUGCAAUGUCCGCAAGUAUGUGGAGAGAGUAUCAGAUGAUCCGGGAGCUUUUAUUACAACGUAUGAGGGGAAACAUAACCAUGAGAUGCCUGUCAGGAGCACAAAUUCAGCAUCUGAACCCAAUUCACAGGCUCCUACCAGUAGAAGCAAGGCGUGAUCUCAUGAGUUGAAGGAGGCUAUUUGCAACUUGAUGUUUAUUCUGACCAUUAGAGUCUGAACAGAAAAGAAUUGAGAUGCGUCAGAAGCUAAAUAAUUGGGAGAAGCUGCAUUUCUACAUGUUUGUCCUGUGAAAUCCUGUGGCUAGCUCGCAGGCACUUCUUGGUGAAGACAGUUUUGUAUUUGGUAAUUCAGAUUAUUUUCCUUUCUUCCUUCGACCUAAUCUCUUAUUGCUGCCUGUGCUGUCUUUAGCUUUAUUAUUUAGGAAUACAAUUUUCUUUUUUUCCAAUUAUUUUUUAAUUGAGCAUAACAAUGAAGUGAUGACUUGCCUUGGAUAAUCAAUGUGUAAUAUGUAUGCAGUGCAGUUCCAUUUCCUAUCAA